CAAAAGAACUGGCGCUUUUUUGUGCUGGGUGGUUUAUAAACUGGCCAAUGAGAACACUCUGUAUUCGGUUCGUCUUCCCAAAGUGUUUUGAGUAUUUAGAUUUCGAAUCACUGGGCACUCCCAUGCAAGAAAAAAAAAUUUCUUCACUUUUUGAAAUUGAAUCACUUUAUCGUCUUUACGCAGUAAGAUUGGAGUUUUGCAUCAUUUUUUGGCCGUAUAAUCUGUUGGCCGGAAUUUGCAAAAAUCUGACUGUGCGGACCGCGUUGGUCGAAAAGUGGAAUUCAUAUUAUCGUAUCUUAAUAUUACCGUUUUACGAAAAUCUGAUGGAUUCUGGUAGCCCUCUGGAAUACCAUGAAUCAGGAAGAGGGGAUGCGUCGAUUACGAAAUUUCAGACGCGCUCGUCGGUGGUCGGCAGAAAGUUAACGAAUGGCGCUCCCAUUCCCACCGUUUCACGGGCCCAUUUUCGCGGAAGCUCAUUCAAGUUGUUCGUCUGCGCUGUUGGAAUCUUCGUUUCGUUCUUUGUCUACGGUUUUCUCCAGGAGCGCAUCACACGUGGUGUGUAUGGCGAGAAUGAUCACUUCCACUACACGCUAACACUGGUCUUCCUGCAGUGCAUCGUCAAUGCCAUCUUUGCCAAAUUCGUGAUGGAUUUGAGCCGUGAGGCCCGCGACAGUACUCCCCGUUCCAUGUAUUGCUGUUGCUCGCUGUCCUAUCUGGUCGCGAUGUUGUCAUCCAAUUUGGCGCUGCAGUACGUCAGCUAUCCCACGCAGGUACUGGGUAAAUCGUGCAAACCCAUUCCGGUUAUGGUGUUCGGUGCCCUUUUUGCGCAACGCCGGUAUCCUCUUAGAAAGUACAUGUUUGUCAUGGCCAUCGUCGUCGGUGUAUGUUUGUUUUUCUACGAGAACGGGAAGAAAGAUUCUCAAAAGCAGACGGAACUUGGUUUUGGUGAAGUUUUACUGCUGCUGUCUUUGUUUAUGGAUGGAGUUACUGGUGCUGUGCAGGAUCGAAUGCAGUCGGUUUAUGUGAUGUGCCCGAAUUCCAUGAUGAUGUGGAUGAAUUUGUUCUCAUCUUUAAUAGUCCUGUUUGCAAUCUUAUAUACCGGUGAACUGGCGUUGGUUAUGGCAUUCAUCAUCGAGUAUCCUUUCGUUAUGGAGCAUCUUUUAACCUUUACUAUGUGCAGCGCUGUUGGUCAGUAUUUCAUAUUCCGGACAGUGGCACAUUUCGGCUCGUUGCCUUGUUCUAUCAUCACUACAACGCGAAAAUUUUUCACGAUUCUGGCCUCUGUGAUAUUUUUCAACAAUUCUAUGUCGGGUUUGCAGUGGAUGGCAACUUUGUUGGUUUUUGCUGGGCUCAUUAUGGACGUGAAAUAUGGUAAAGACAGCAGCCGUUGAUGUGAUCGAUUUUGGCUCAUUCUCAUUGUUCGGCAACAGUAUGCGUUUUGAAUUGAUUUUUAUUAAUUUUGCUACUUAUGUCCUGUUCUUCACGAUUAUGUGACUGAAAAUUUUGUGAUUGUAUUUAAGUGAUUUUGAUUGGAUUGACUCUUUGUUGCAACUGCCGAGUAUAAUACGUAUGAUGUGCCUGCAGAUUCAUCUAAAGAUUGAUACAUGUGUGGUGAA